CUUGUUUUUCUUUUUCUGGUUUUCCUGCGAGUUAAGGAAUUGAAACUUAUAUGAAAUAGUUAGUGUAUGGGUAAUAUAAUAUAUAUACCAAACGGAGUUUGGAUUAACGUUAACAGUUCAAAUCCUUUUUGAUGUUGGAUUGAUGAAAAUUAAUUCCCAGUUGGAGUGGGAUAAAAAGAUUGAUUUGUAUAAAAAGAAAAACAUGCAAUACUUUUAUUUAUUGUUUUGUUUUACAUUAGACAAGCACAAACUAAACAAAGAGAAGAUGCCAAAGAAUAAAGGAAAAGGAGGCAAGAAGUGCAAGAAGGGAAAGAAGUCGAACGAGGAGAAGGAUGAUAAGCGAGAGCUGAUAUUCAGAGAGGACGGUCAAGAGUACGCUCAAGUUCUCCGUAUGUUAGGCAAUGGCCGACUGGAAGCCGUGUGUGAUGAUGGCAUCAAGCGGCUCUGUCACAUUCGAGGCAAAAUGAACAAGAAGGUCUGGAUAAACGCUGAUGAUAUCGUUCUUGUUGGCCUUAGGGAUUACCAGGAUGAUAAAGCUGACGUCAUCCUAAAAUAUCUGCCUGAUGAGGCUCGUCUCUUGAAGGCUUACGGCGAGUUGUCUGAUAACGUCAAGUUGAACGCUGGGAUUGAUGAUGAGGAUGCCGAUGCUGGCGACGAUUACUUCAAGUUUGGGAUUGAAGAUGAUGAACAGAAUAUUGACAAGAUUUAAAGGGUGUCUUUCUUUCUUUCUUUUUUUUUUUUAAUGUAGUUUGUUAGUUAAUAUUAAUAUUAAUAGAUUAUUGGUUGAUUUUA